GCUUUUAAUUCUAUUUUUAGGCACGCGGUCUGUGCCUUGUGUUUUUUGCUCCGUGCUGCAGCGUGGAGACUAAUUUUUUUUUGUAUUAAAUAAAGCAGAAAGACUUCAUCGGUUACAAGUUGGGAUAAAGAAAACGCAGAAACAGAAUGGAUUGUAAAAGGAGGAAGUGAAACCUCUUUGGAAACACAAAGUUUUCUUGACGUGUGUGGGUUUACUAAUAGAAAAUAUUUUACUAAUGUUUUGAUGGCUUUGGCUUUCGUGAGAACUUAAAAUAUAUAAAACCUUGGCAGCAUGCUGAGUCCUUGCUGAAAGAUGGCAGCGUAGACUAGCAGUAAUUAUAUAAGGUCUAUAGACAUGUCUCUCUAAGUUUCAGUUGACUGUAUCCUGAAGGCUUAUCUCUCUUGUAGGCAAGUAUUGAAAAACAGACUCUUAAAUCUGAGAAUAUUCUGAAAGGAGUUAAAGAGCUGCAUCUGCAUUAAAAAAAUCUAAUAGUUUAAAAAAAGUAGAUAUAAUAUGUGCUAGGUAUAAAAUAAGUGUUUGAAAUACUUAAAAGUUGUCGAUUUGUUUUAAGCAAAGCAGAAAGAAAAAUUAAUGAUUCAGCUGGCAGGUGUAGUAUUCUGUUGCUCUCUGCAAAAACAUCAGUAGCUGUUUUGGUCUCCUGAAGUGGGCUGGUUGUGUGGAUACAGAGCAGGACCGAUGCUUUGAGGGGGGAAAGACUGAGUGAUGAAGGCAGUAAACUUAAAGGCGGUCUUCUGCUAUUAGGCAGAUGACAACUUGAAGAUGGUCAGCUGAACUGAAAGCUUUUCAGAGAUUCCUUUCCCAAGGAAGUAAUUUAAAAAUCUGCUGUUUCUAAUACUGCAUUGGAUUUACUACCGUAAGAACCAUUCAGACUACCGAACAGUUUAUACUAAUGGUCAUACAGGAUCUAGCUAAAAGUGGUUGCAUGACAGCUAGGUUAUAAAUGUAGUAUUCAAUGCAAAUUCAGCAUUUAUGCUUGAGGUGUGACAGUUUGUGGUCAUUCACUUUUGGUGAGUUGAUUACUGUCCCUAUACUUCCUAUUUCACCCGAAGGUUGGGGAAAUGGAGCUGUUUUCUGUUUUGCACCUUCAUAUGACAAUUUCUAUAUACUUUUGGGACUGCAUCUCAAGAAGCUUGUUCAAGGAUAUGCAUAAACAUUUUUAGCUUGUCAAAUACUUAAAGCAAGCUGCAGGGACUCUGGGGAGUAAUGCUUUGUGACAUAGAAGGCUUUCCUCUUUCACAACACUGUUAGUCAAAGCACUUGAAAGGCCUGGUGUGCUAGAUUUGCAAGUUUUAGGCUGUCUCCUCAGUUGAUGCAUCUUGGUUACUGUCUCAGAAUGUAACUGCUCAACCAUGAUUUAUGUGAGGCAGUUUUCUGCACACUUGUGCCACCAAGUGUUUAAAAAAAAACAAAAACCAAACCACAAAACUAUGACUGAUUCUUCUCUUGAAUCUAAGGAUCCCAAAGUAGUUGUAAACACCUCUGAAGUUAAACAAUUCUUUCAGCCAGUAAAACAGCAACAAUUUAUGAAAAUGUAAAAGUGAGUAUGACUGUAUACAGCAAGUUAUGGUGCUCAACUACAAAAUUUUUAGUCAUUUGACUGUCUUCUAGUAGGAAGUCCUUUCAGUUCUUCCUACUACCCAGCACUGGAAAUUAGCGUAAGAUUUGAAGAAAGAAGGAAACUGUGGUCAAAAAAGGUACCUUUUUUCUUUUGACUAUGUCGCUGUGAUUAUUUAUGGUUACAAACGGGUUUCAUAAAUAACAGGUUAUUCUUCCCAGUCUGUUUUCUUCAGGUCCAUAUUUCCAUAGAAGUACCUUAAUGUCAGAGUCCUCCCAACUGUUUGUAAUGCAAAUUCUGGUUUUGCAUCAUAUUAACAAAGUACUUUAAAUCCUGUGUGUCUGCACUCUCUGCUAAUUUACUAAGUAUUCUUUCUUGGGUGUGCAGCCCCAUCUGUUAUAACGUCGACACUUUCCCACUUAGGACAAACAGAACUUGACAGAGGAAAACUGCUUGUUACUCCAUGGCUCUUCUGGAAUUCCACUGUAUUCAAUUUGCGCGUUAUCAAACUAAAAAAUUGCACAAGUUUAACUUAUUCAGCACAACACUAAAUUUGUAAUGAGAUGGAGUCUGGGUCAAGCUCUUUUCGAGUGGAAUUUCCAGAUUUUUCUAGCACCAUUUUGCAGAAGUUAAACCAGCAGCGCCAGCAAGGACAAUUAUGUGAUGUGUCCAUUGUAGUUCAGGGCCAUCUCUUCAGAGCCCAUAAAGCUGUUCUUGCAGCUAGUUCACCUUACUUCUGUGAUCAGGUUCUCCUAAAAAACAGCAGGCGAAUAGUCUUGCCUGAUGUGAUGAAUCCCAGAGUAUUUGAAAACAUUCUUCUGUCUACUUAUACAGGUCGGCUGGUAAUGCCUGCUCCAGAAAUCGUUAGUUAUUUGACAGCAGCAAGUUUCCUUCAGAUGUGGCAUGUAGUGGAUAAAUGCACUGAAGUGCUAGAGGGGAACCCAACAGUUCUGUGUCAGAAGAUGAACCAUGGCAGUGAUCAUCAGUCUCCGAGCAGCAGUAGUUACAACGGCCUUGUUGAAACCUUUGAACUUGGCUCUGGAGGACAGACAGAAUUCCACAAAGUGCAGGAACUAAGGGAUGGCGAAAAUGAAGAAGAAAGCUCUAAAGAUGAACUGUCAUGUCAACUGACAGAACACGAGUACCUUCCCAGUAAUUCUUCAACGGAACAUGAUAGACUUAGCACUGGAAUGACAAGUCAGGAUGGUGAAGAAGGAACUAGUGAUAGUGCAGAGUAUCAGUAUACCAGACCUAUGUAUAGCAAGCCCAGCAUCAUGUCUCACAAGCGGUGGAUCCAUGUGAAACCAGAAAGAUUUGAACAAGACUGUGAAGGUGUUGAUAAUCCUUAUGAUGAACACCAAGUUUCUGAAUCCAUGAAUACCAUGCAGGCAGAUCAUUCAAUCCAGUCUUCAGGUGUUGAAGACUUUCACAUAGGUGACAAAAAGAUGGAAGCAGAAUUCGAUGAACAGGCAGACGAAAGUAAUUACGAUGAACAAGUUGACUUCUAUGGCUCUUCUAUGGAAGAAUUUUCGGGUGAAAGGGCAGACGGAAAUUUAAGUGCUCACAGACAGGAUCUUAUGAUAGCAGCAGGCUAUGGUGAAGGCAUUGAAAUGGCUACAGGAAUUAAAGAAGAAACGUCCCUCACUGGAUUCUCGCAUGCUGAUAAGCUGUAUCCUUGUCAGUGCGGUAAAAGCUUUACACACAAAAGUCAGAGGGAUCGGCAUAUGAGUAUGCACCUUGGUCUUCGACCUUAUGGCUGUGGUGUCUGUGGUAAGAAAUUCAAAAUGAAACACCAUCUUGUAGGCCAUAUGAAAAUUCAUACAGGCAUAAAACCAUACGAGUGUAACAUCUGUGGGAAAAGGUUUAUGUGGCGGGACAGUUUUCAUCGGCAUGUGACCUCUUGUACCAAGUCAUAUCAAGCUUCUAAAGCCGAGCAGAGUACUACUGAGAUGAACUAAGACAUUAGUACUUAUAUUCGUUUAGUAGAGUAAGCAAAAUAAACUAAUUAUGCAAAUAAUGUCUGGUACUUGCUAUUGUAAAUUCUCAAAAAACCCAAGUUUUAGUGAUUAUGCUGGUAUAAGCAGACCAAACUUUUAUUUUCCAUAGUAUUACUUCAGGUGUUCGAUGUGUGAAGUGCAAAUGGUUAAUCUGAAAGGUGCUUGCAAAAUGAGGUCUGUAAGGUCUUUGUGACAUUGAUUGUAAUCACAGCAGUAUUUAGAAGCCCUGUUGUUUUUGUGUCUUCUAAAUUCACAGUAAACCCCAGCUCUAAAUUGAGCCAAAUCCUGCAAAUACUUACAUGAAGCAGGAAUUCAAGUAGCCCUACUUAAUGAAAAUGAAAACUAGCAUGAUCAAACCAGGUUGUAUGAUUCACAUUUUAAUGAAAAUAUUAGAAUGCCACCUGAAGCUGUAGACUGCUGACACACUUAAUAUGCAUCAUUAGACAGCCUGCAUCAUUAAAUAGCCUGUGCUGUAUUGCUUAAUGAAAGGCUGUGUUAAAGACAGUUUGGCUUUCCUUUUUGUCUUCAUUUUUUAUCCAUCUUCAGUAAAACAAAUGUCUAAUUUUGUGCUGAUUUAUAUUUAGAGUCUGUAGAGCACUUAAAUAUAGUUGAGCACUAUAUAAGCUUCAAUCUAUAUUAAGAACAAUUUGUCUUUGCUCCUCUAGGGUCUGAUGCUGUAUGACUCUUGGCUUGACUUGAUUUUGAUUGCUACAUCGUGAGAGCUUGUAGAAGUGUGUGUAAUAAGUAUGUCUUUUCAAAAAAGAAAAGUAACAUUUGGAACUUAUCCAAAAUAAUCAAACAUUUUAAAUUGUAGUUUUCUGCUCAGAUAUUUGUGGCUUACUACAGUAGCAAGUACCAAACUCUGUGGAUUCACAAAUGGACUUUUUAUUGGUACAAAAACUUCUUCGAGAACUUCUAUCUAGUUUUAGAAACCUGCUUUAGGAAAAUGAUUUAGUCAUUGAUAGGUAUUUAUACUUUUAAUUCUUUACUCUUUGAAUAGUAAGAACUAUAAUACAGAUUCUUGGUACUGAACUACUGUGACUGUUUACAUGUGAUCACAAGCAGCCAGAGUUGUUUACCUCUUCAAAUGAAGCUGCUUGUGGAUAAAAAGUAGAAAGUAUGGUAUUUGGAUCUAUUAAUGGUACUGCAGAACAUGGUACCAUGCUCAUGUCCGAAGUCUGGAUUUUUGCUGGGAAAGUGGCACUUCUGCUUCCUUGGGGUGAGGAUCUAUAUGCUGGGCUCUCAUUCUUGGAGAUGGAUGGAGGAGCGUUUGUAGUUCUGAGAGAUGCUGCCAGCUCUGCAGGUAGAGUGAAUGCAUCAAUUGUAAAGGUGGCAACAGGAUUUGGGGGUUGAAAGCUUAAUGCAGUCCUAUGCAAAAGCAAUUAACCCUUCUUUAUAGUUUACUGAAACAUGUUAUAAAAAGGAAAGAGCCUUUAGAGCAUACGUAGACUAUAAUAGAAAUAAGUGGUGUCCAAGUACAGUGCUGGUAACACAGGGAAAAAAGUUAACCAGCACUGAAGGCCUAAGCCUCUCUGGCCCUAAUUGUGUAUUAGAUACUGCAAUAUGCAGGCUAACGUACUCAAACAGAUGACCCUGUAUGGUGAAGCAAAACCACACACAGAUAAUUACUGUUCAGAUGCUGUUUUGAACUCCCAGUUAGAAAUUGUCAUAAGAUAGAACUGAACUGUAUCCUGAAUGUGAAUGUGUGCUACAAGCUGGGAGUUUACUACUCAGUGGGCUGUAAUUACUGUAACUUCUUUUCUGGCGUUCUACUUACAAACUUUAAUUUUUUUAAGAGGCUCUUAAUCUUCUAAUGCUUCAGAUAUUUUUCAUAUAGAAUUUUGUUAAAACAGAUAUUCCCAAAUAUGAUGAACCCAUUGCUGGCAAUGGGCAUGAAUGAUCAGCACCACAGAGUUCCUAUUCUUAGCACUUAAUUGAACUCUACAAUAUACCAUGGGUGGCCAUAUAUAACCCUUGUAAUCAAGGUAGCUAAACAGGGAUUUGCUCACUAACACUGUAACCUGCUUAAUGUAUAGAAGCACUUUGUAUUUAAAAAAAAAAA